AUGUUCAAAGUCGGUGGUUGGCUCAAGAGCCAUACGCCAGGGCAUGCAAAGAGCCUGGACUCUUUGGAUGAGCUUGCACAGAUACAGGAUGCGAUGAGUGCUGUUACCUACAUUAUGGCCGACGAUAUCGAAACCGCCGAAGAAUAUCUUAACAAGGGCAAUUCACCUUUCCACCAGCUAGGAGCGGGAGUAUGCGUCUUCAUAAGAGCAACAUUAGGUUUCGAGCCGGAAAUCGUUCGCGAAGCUGCCAACGCCUUGUACAUAGCCGAGAACUCGGCCUACGAACAACAGCGACGUGCUAGCAAAGAUCCCAGCUCGCAUCGGUCGCCCAUAUAUCCUCCAGGCACUGAAUACGCGGUAUGCAUGGCCGAGGCACAAUUAAUGAGUGCUGUGGUCGGCGUGCUCAACGAGAGCUUGACGGAGGCCGUUAAGAGUUUCUACAAGUUGAGGAAAGCAUACAUUGCACUGGAAGCUGUGAUGGAGAACGAGAAGAACUUUCUCAAGGAGAGGAGUACCAGCAGUAUCAGCUCGUCAGGGUCCCGUGGCUCUGGCAAUGCAUCUGCUGCAGCGUCAAACUCUAGUCCCAAACAGACUACGACGGUCACUGGACCGGAGUCAAAGAAAGGCACCAAAGAUGGCGAUGAUGACGAAUUCGAAUUCGUGGAUGCCGCAGAAGACCGACCAAACGAUGCGACACCUCCAGAGUACGCCGGUCACUUGAACGUCAAUGCUGACAAAGAUGCUUCAUCGAGUUCGGGAACGGCUCUCCGCACAGGAAGAGCAAAGUCGUCCUCUACGGCGAAUGCCAUUGCAUAUUUUGAGCAGCUCACGUUGAGCGAUGACGGCGUGGAUAUUUCCACGUUUAGUGAUCACCCGGUGGAUGUCUUCGUUAUUUCUGGAUCCAACUUUUGCUUCGGAAUGUUGCUGCUCAUGCUCUCAUUCAUACCGCCUUCUUUUGCCUCCUUGCUGAAGAUUGUCGGUUUCAAGGGGGACAGGGAGCGAGGUAUGAAGAUGCUUUGGCAGGCCACCAAGUUUCACAAUAUCCACGGCGCCAUGGCUGGUGUGGUGCUUAUGGGAUACUUGAAUGGUAUCACAAACUUUUGUGACAUUCUCCCCACCAAGGGCGAGGGCUCCUACCCCAAGGAGAAGUGCGUGGCUUUGCUUCGCUACAUGCGCGAAAGAUACCCUAAAAGCCAUCUCUGGCUCCUUGAAGAGUCGCGAAUGUUGGCAUCGGAGAAAGAGCUAGAGAAAUCUGUGCAAUUCAUGGCUACUGCGGGCGACUCAAAGCUCAAGCAGCUUAAGGCUUUGAGCUGGUUCGAACGCAGCCUCAACAACAUGUAUAUGCAUGACUAUCAGGCCGCUGCCGCUGGUUUUGAAAAGUGCAUUACCUUGAACAACUGGAGUCAUGGACUGUACUACCACAUCAUAGCCUCAUCCUACGUCGAGCUCUACCGACGAAAUAAGACAACCGACCCGACGGAAGCAAAAGAAUACGGGAAGAAAGCCGAAGAGUACUUCAAGAAAGUCGUCCCCAAUACAGGCAAGAAGAAGUUCAUGGCUCGCCAACUGCCGUUUGACGUGUUCGUUGCCCGCAAGGUGCAGAAGUGGGAGGCUCGCGCAAAAGAAUGGAAGUGCGAUCUGGUGGAUGCAAUCGGCGUGUCACCUUUGGAAGAGAUGAUAUUUUUCUGGAACGGCUACAAACGAAUGCGAGACGACCACCUUGAAGUUUCACUUGCCAACUUGGCCUGGAGCGAAUCGCCGGCCAAUCCACACUGGGGCAAGGAAGACGUGGACGAAAAGAGCAUCCUCCAUGUCCUCCGCGCAGCCACUCUGCGGAACAUGAACAAGCCAGCCGAAGCCAAGGCCAUUCUGGAAAAGGAGGUGCUGCCCGUCGACCGCACGCUUCUUAAUGGAAACUUUCGAGACAACUGGACGGCACCGUGCGCACGCUACGAAAUGGCCGCCAACAUCUGGCGCGAGGCAGAUGCUGACAGUCGCCCCGAAGAACACCCCCAGCUGCUGGUCCAAUGCAAGGACUGGCUGGAAGAAGUGACCAAGUGGGGCGGCUACGAUCUAGACGUAAGAAUCGGAAUGAAGAUUACGAGUGCCAAGGAGACGCUGAGGAAAUACGGAAUUCAAUGUUAG